CGUGUCAGCCACUGCGAUUCGCUGAAAAGUUUGACUCGACACAAGGAGCCUGCACGGAGCUGCAAGGCCGAAAAGAAGCGGAUAAGUUUUAUUAGUCUGUUUUUCCCUCGGAGCGAACAUGGAAUCCGUAGCUCAGAAAGUGCUCUCAUCGGGAUUCACUCUCGACUUUGGACCCCUGAAGGAGCCUCUAGCGUUCAUCCGUGUGCUAGAAUGGGUUUUUUCCAUAUUCGCCUUCGCUACGACUGGAGGUUACAGCGGAUCCACCAGCUUCAACAUCCAGUGCAAAGGAGGCAAAACUGAGGAAGUAACUGCGUUAUUCAACUACCCGUUCAGGUUGAUGGACCAUCUCUAUAAGGUUCCUGACUGUGAACCCAACGGAACGACCCACAACUACUUCCUGACCGGAGAUCACUCGUCCUCUGCACAAUUCUACGUCUGUAUCGGGGUUUUGGCUUUUCUCUACAGCACCGCCUCGUUAAUCCUGUAUCUGGGCUAUCAGCACUUGUACAGAGAAUCCACUCGGGGUCCCAUCAUGGAUCUGCUGGUGACUGCAUCCUUGGCUUUCCUGUGGCUCGUAUCAUCCUCCGCCUGGGCUAGAGGCUUGACUGAUGUCAAAUCAGCCACUAGUUUUGAAACUAUUUCCCGUGUUCUUGAAGUUUGCAAGCAAAACAACACUUGCACCCCAGGAGCUUUGCCCUCUAUGGGCAAAUUAAAUUCUUCUGUGAUAUUUGGAUUCCUUAACCUCAUCCUGUGGGGAGGAAAUUGUUGGUUUAUAUACAAAGAAACCCCUUUCCACAAGACAAACCAGCCUGCCAACGUUGAAGCUGGAGCGACGCCAUCGUAACUGCAUGGCUCCCUCAUUUGAAAAACAGUCUAUGUGCAGCUGACUGCACUUUUUGCAGAAAAGAUUCUAAUUUUAUGUUGGUUUUUUUGCUUAAUCAGACAUUUAUUUUUUAAUUUUUGUCAUUUCAUCUCAAGAGGUACUAAAAUUUAUUGUUUAGCCAAGUGUUAAUACAGACUGACCCAUGUAAUACUAAAACAUACAGACUUUUGAGUUUUGAGUUUGUAGAUGACACAGGUACAAAUGCAAAACCUGCUUUAACAGCUGCACACCUUUUUCACAGGAUACUGUACAGUAUCUUUGUUCCAUGCAAAUUUUCUGCAAUUAAAUAUUGUACAAAACUCAGGGCUGAUAAGAAUAUUAAUCAGACUUCCAGUUUCAGUUCAAGUACUUGAAUGUGUUUAGUUAAAAUGAAGCCCACGUUUAAAUUAUAUAAAUGCCACUGUGAGAUUAUUAUGUAAAGGUCAAAUAGUUUUUUUUUUCUUCUUUUCGCAGUCAUAAUAAUUGCUGUUACAGUGAUGGUAAUAUUUCUAGUUUAGACUAACAUCUGAAUAUUGUGCUGAAUGCAGUGUUUCCGUUGAAUCCGUUAAGAACAUUUUACUGUUACAAUUUCAAAUAAAAAAAAAAUUCUCGUUACAUUAGAUAUACUUUCGCCUUGUCUUUUUGGAAAAUGUCCAAGCAAGUGUAUUUACAGUGUUUGUGUUUGGUUGUACUAUUGUUUAAUGCAAUUAAUUGCUUCAACAGUUGAGAUGUGUUUAAGUUAUUCUUACUUCACUUCAUGUCUCUCGGUCUGUAUCUGUCUUGCCUCUCUACCUGCUCUUUGCAAUAAGAAAGAUUAAUUUGCCAAGAAAAUGGUUGUCCGUUUUGAAAAUUUCUAAAAAACAAUAUCCGCGUUUCA